AUGGCCUGGUGCUCCGGGCCGAGGGGAUGUGCGUCAACACGUGACGUCCUUCUUUUAGAUGCGGUGCGGUUGUGCGCGGGCGUGCCAGCACGGUCUACCGUUCGUCGAGAUGGUGAUGAGGUUUGGGUAGAAGAUGGUUCACGGCCUGAGCUACAAGGCCUUUUAGUGGUGGUGUUGGUGGCGGGUUUUAGGUGGUGCUCCGGUGCGUUGCUCAGAGAGCGACGAUCGUAUGAUAUAUGGGGUGAAUGA